AUGGCGGCGGAUCCAGCGUUCACUGUGGAGCUUGACCUGUCACAGUUCCCCUCCGGCAGGGACUGGGUUUCCUACAGGCGUCUCAUCGAUGACAUCCGCAGCCGACUGGGCGUGAGAUUUUCCCACAACCACCCCGUGCUUCAGCUGGAACAACGCAUCCCACCUCGAUGGUUCGACAUCGUACUCCGAACCAGCAGAGAUUACGCAGUCAGAUUCAGGCUGCGAGCCGACAACCUCUACCUCGUUGGGUAUCGCAUGGAGCAGGGCACCGACCAACGGUGGUUCGAGUUCGCCGACGACGAUGGAAAUCCUCAACAGCUAAUAGCCGGAUCCAACGGUCUAGGAUUCGGCGGCAGCUACAACGCCUUGAUGCGUCGCGAUGCGGCUAACUGGAGCUGGACAGACAUAAGAAUCGGCCGGAAAGACCUUCUGCACGCCGUGGAGAGGCUUAACACCACCAAUCGUCAACAGAGGGCGCAGUCGCUUCUACCCGUGAUUAUCAUGCUCAGCGAAUCAAUAAGAAUGAAUGAUAUCAAGGAAUUUAACGUAACGAAUCACGCCGAGUCUAGGCGGGUCCCAGUCGGGUUUGAAGAUCUCGUCCACGCCUGGGGGAACCUCUCCGAGCGAUUGCUACAUGCCGACGCCGACCCCAACCACUACUUUCGAAUUCCGGAAAAUAAUUUCGGAAUCCAAACCGCCGAGCAAGCGAUCGCCGCGCUCGGCAUCUUAAAGGACUGCAGCUUCAAAUUUCACCCGCCCCACGGUAGGUUCCGACGCGAGGCCGGCGACGAUGGCUACCACACUCACGGACAACCGCUGGUGGAGGUGUUCUGGGUGCGCAUGAAGGACAUUGAAGAAGAGAAUUACCUCUACGGCACCAUCACGGUGACCGACGGGCUAACUUGUCAAUACAUUUACAAUCGGAAAAGGGUUCGGCCGGAAUCAAUCUAUGCAGGCGAUACAAUUUUGUUGACCGGCCCACCUCGAUCUAUCUCGGCGUAUGAUAGUUUCGCCAUCGAUGUGGAUCUCAUGGAUGCCAACAAAGUUUCUUCCAGUGCUGAAGUCGCCUAUGGGAAAAUCUCCUGGAAUGUUUUCUCAACGGCGAGCAAUGUGUAUGAUCAGCCCUUGUCCAAGGAUUUGGACGGCAGGAAUGGCUCGGUGACGGUCAACUAUGUAGUGAUAAGCAAUGCAGUGGAAGCCAGAAUAGAGAUUACACUCGUGAAUGGAGGUGGGCAAUAUCCUGCCCAAGUCUAUGGAUUGAUUACUGCUCGUAGCAACAAAUUUAGAAAUGAAAGUAUGCUCUUUUGGAAGACGUCCAACGAUGAGGAUUUAAAUGUAAGACCUGGACAAAACAUGGAUCUACUGAAAUCUACAGUAGCUGUGCCAUUGGACUCUUCCUUCAUAGUUCGGGCGGAACUCUUUAAUCGAAAUAGGGAGACUGGCACUAAUAAUGAAAUUGCAAAUGGGACUGCAGCAUUCCCCGUUCAUCUUUCUGGUACAUACACAAAAAAAAUUUCGGGAGGGAACGGAGAAAUCAAGGUGAAGGUGUCUUGGAUAGAUAUCUAA